AUGGACAGUUUUUUCGAUUUCGACGCCUAUUACGACACGUCUUCGACUGAGGCACUGCCAGAGGUUCCUAUGGAAUCGGCGAUCCUCGAGACACCUCAAAACCCUUCGAGCACAAUAGACCAAGAUUGGCCUCAGUCAAGCUUGCCAAUUGCUGAGUACGCUUGGGACAACCUUGGUCUAUUUUCUGACCCCAUGGAAUCCGCGGGCUUUGAGGAACCCAUGGUCCUUGAGAGCCUUAUGGAAUCUACAAACCCUGAGCCACUCUCAGACUUGUCGGGGUCUAUGGACCUUGGGCCGGCUGUGGACUUGACAAAUCCCGCACUACUCACAGACUUUGCGCCCACCAUAGACGUUCCGCAGACUAUGGAUCCCGAGGAGCUUGAGCUAUUUUUAGGCACCGAGCUGGACACUUCACAAUGGCAGCAUGUGGACCUUGAGUACCGUGGGAUACGUCGAGACUCUAUGCUGCCAUCAUUCUCUACGGCGCUUAUUGACCAAGAGGAGCCUUCAUACGCCACCGUCCCCCCACCGCUCAUGAGCCCCGAGUUCCCUACGGCAAGGAUAGACCCUCGGCUACUGGCGCAACCUUCAUCGUCAGUUAUGCAGACGGAUGUGUCUGGUUCAAAUCGCGUGGAAUUCGAUUUCCAUGAUGCCAGUGCUCUGCUUUCUAUGGGAGAUGUCCAAUUGGAUCCCAGCACUGUAGAGCGCAAGAUCCUUGACUACACCUGCCGUCUUAAUGCUGUCCACUACUACAGGAAUGGUGACCUCUGGGACUUCCCUGACCUGCUUAGCAAUCCCUAUGGCUUUGAAGUGGAAUUCGUCGCCUGUGGGCUACGCUUGAGAGAACUUAUGUGGUACAAAUACGAGCCCAAUGUUGCUCCGUCGGAGCGCACGACGGAGCUGCCUAGUAUCGCAGGUGGUUUGACCGUCAUGCAGUACUCUAGAUUACACACUGAAAGCCGUACAGUGUCAAAGUACGAGAACGAUCGGGCAGUCCGCUGGGUUUGUUUCAUUAUUUUCUUCAGAAGCCACGCAAAGCAGCCUGCCGCCCCGCCUCAAGACGCUCCUGGCACCUCUCCCAAUGACACUCUUGUCAACACUUCCCAGAACACUCUUGUCAACACUUCCCAGAACACUCUAGUCGCCACUUCCCAGACCCCAAACAUCACUUCCCAGAGCACUUUAGGUACUACUAUUGGCAACCACACCGACGCUGUUGUUGUUUCUGGUCCUGCUACAUCGCCGGCCAAGUCGUACCUCCAAACAGCUGUGGAUUACUGGAGCUUGGACGCGGAUAAGUGGACCGACGAGACAUGGUCCUCGGUUUCGAUUCCGAACGAGUUCCUGCCCACAGCGGGAGACAAUAAUCUGGGCCUUCAGAAGAUAUUUGUCCAGUGUCCCUUGGCUGCUGAGGCGAUUGUUGAUCUGGCAAUUGGAGGCAAGAUCAACUUUGCGACGCAGCGGCCCAUGGACGAUGUCGUCAGUGGAUCUGUUUUCGUCUUCAAAGACGGCGAGCACAUCAAACGCUGGACGGACAACCACGUGUGGACGGUGAGCCGCAAAGGCGCCGGCGCAGGCGACAUGGUCUAUCGCGAGGCCGUCAAAGGCCAGGCCAGCAAAGAGAUCAAGCAUAUCGAGGUCACCGACGCCAACGCUGCGGAAUUUCUGCACAUCAGCGCAGACGACAUCGCCACGUGUCGCACGCCCGUCAAAGAAAUUGCCAGUCUCCUGGUCUGCGGCUUGACCUCGGCUGACCAUCUCAAGCACGGCGGUUUGGUCAAGCGCACAACCAAGGUUGUCCGCUUGGUUGGCGGUGGGCGAGUGGCCCGUGAAUCGAAGCCCGUGAAAGACCAGCGGACAGAUCCGACGGUGUUCAGCGUCUAUCGUGUCGUCUCGUACUACACGAUCAGUGACGUCUGCAACCGUGCCGUGGUGCCAUUCCGCGUCUAG